AAUUAUUCUAACAACCGUUACAGAAUAUAUUUAUUAACGUAAUAACCAUGAUACUAACCUUUUUAUUAACAAUAUCACCAGAAGUCUCAAGUUCAAAUAGUUUUUUUCAAAACAAUGACGAAGCUACAACUAUGAAUUUAUAAUAUAAAUUAAUUUUGUUAUGAUAUAAAUUAUGAUGUAAUUUUUUUUCCGAGAUAACAUUCAACAGUUACGAACUUAAUAAAAAACUAAUAAGUAUUUCAUCAUUGUUUUUAAAUCUACUGAGUAAACUGAUAUAUUUUCACAGUUUCGUCAUCACGCGAAAGCAUAUAAGUUAGGAGACUGACAGCGUCACUUUCAUCAGUCAGAGUUUACAAUAUGGCAGAAUCAAAUGUUUUUACUACAAGAUCUCUUGGUACCGCUUCAGAAGGUAUUAAAGAUCAAUAUGCUGAUGGAAAGGCUGCAAAAGUUUGGGAAAUAUUUAUUGGCGAUAAGAAAUCAAGGACUCAAAAUUACAAAAACUUUUUAGUGGGUCUUUUGAAAAGAAGAGGAUGCAAGAGAAUAUUGGAUGUUGCCUGCGGAACAGGUAUUGAUUCAAUAAUGUUACUUGAAGAGGGCUUUGAGGUCGUUUCCGUAGAUGCGUCGGAUAAGAUGUUGAAACAAGCUUUAAAGUCCAGGUGGAACAGAAGAAAAGAAUCGGCUUUCGACAAAUGGAUCAUCGAAGAAGCAAAUUGGGUGACCCUCUAUGAUGAUAUCGAAGAUUUGGUAGGAAAUGGCUUUGACGCGGUAAUUUGUUUGGGAAAUUCAUUUGCUCAUCUAUUAGAUAAUUACGGUGAUCAAAGAGAACAACUGAAAGCUCUCAGAAAUUUCGAGAAGUGCGUAAAACCAGGAGGUCUUCUUUUAAUUGAUCACAGAAAUUACGACGAUAUUAUCGAUACCGGAAGAACCGCAUCGAAAUGUAUAUAUUAUAAUUCUCCUCACACAACUGAUAUUAAGACCUCCGUGUUAUACGUUGCGGGAAAACCGGCCCUCGUAACAUUGGACUAUUUAAUUGACACAUCAUUGCUAGAGGAUGAAAAAAAAGACUACGUAAUAGGAGACUCUAUCAGUGAAUUCCGUCUUUCCUACUAUCCACACCGAUUGAAAGUUUUCAAAGAAAUGUUACAAAAAAGUUUUGGAGAAAACUCGGAAUAUCAGAUUUUUGGGGAUUUCAAACAACUGGAUGAAAUUGAUGUACCCAACUUUUAUAUCCAUGUCGUUCAAAAAAGCUCCAGUAUUUUUUAAGAAUCUAGACUAUACCAAAUUUAUACAAUAAUAUUUAUAAUGAUUAUAUAUUUAUUUUUA